ACGGCUGGUGUUUACCAUUCAUUUUAGCAAUUUCUGGGAAGAUGGCUGAUAAAGGUUCUGUGGCUCCAUUUGUGAAGAGUUUCCAAGGAAAGGCAGAGAUAACUUCCGCCGAUUUUUUGAAGAUUUUCAAGAAAUUUGAUAAAGACGAAAAUGGUUUUAUCGAAGCUGGUGAACUGGAUGACUUCCUCAUUGCUCUGGCAAAAGAAAAGAAAGUGGGCGAACCAGACUCAAAGCAAAUUGCAGAGAUGAAGGAGGAAAUUCUCCAGGGCUAUGAUGAUAAUUUUGAUGGCAAACUCGAUCUAGAAGAGCUUGCUAAUAUCCUGCCCACCGAGGAAAAUUUCUUGGCUAAGUUCCAACAUUCAAACAUCUUAACUAAUGUUGACUUUUUCAAGGUGUGGAACCAUUAUGAUCAGGAUCAUUCAGGAUUCAUUGAGAGUGACGAACUGGAGGGAUUCUUAACAGAUCUACUUGGCCGAGAAGGACAAUCACUGAAUCCGCAGAGAAUCACCGAUUACCAAAAAGCCAUGUUGGAUUUGUUUGACAAAAACAAAGAUGGAAAGUUGUCUUUGCCGGAAAUGUCAAAAAUACUUCCUGUCGAAGACAAUUUUCUGCUGAAGUUUGACCGGGAUGACAUGACUGAAGCACAGUUUAAUGAGAUAUGGUCUAAGUAUGAUCAGGAUGGCAACGGCUUCAUUGCUGAUGAGGAGUUGGAAGCUCUCCUUUAUGACAUUCUCGAUAAGAACAAUAAAGUGGACAUCGAGAACCCGUGUGAGCUGAAAAAAUUCAAAAGCUGCAUAAUGGAUAGUUUUGACCAGAACAAAGAUGGAAAGCUUGGGAAGGACGAGCUAAAAAUGAUGCUAUUUGCAUGAGCAAUUAGUAUUCUACGAAAAAAGUUUGCCUCAUCUCAGUAUGAUGAAAUAAAAAUAUCGAAUAAACGCGAUUGAAAGUCUUUUUCUGCCCAGCCAGCAAUAUUUAUGGCUAAAAGUUGUUUUUUUUUUUUUUUUUUUUUUUGUCGUUUUUGGCGCGAAGAAUUUUCUUGAACGUAUCUUCCUCAUAAUCUAAAUUAGGUAUGGAUUUGUUACUGUUCACAAGAGGUCAUUCCCUGGAGAGUGACAUGUGACUGCUUAGUUAGUGUUCUUAGUAAGAAAAUCACUGAUGCGCUGAUUAAUUCGAAUUAAGCCUCAACAUCCCUCCGGGAAAACCCACGGAAAUUUUACUGUCGUCCGUGCCCGGGGGGUGGGGAAUUCGAACCUUGCCUUGCUGGAGUGGGAAAUUUGAACCGGAGCUGAACUGUUAAGUCUCUUCAGUGAAAUGCACGUGUUUUACCUUUUAACAUGGAGGUCUUAAUCGAAUCCGGCCUCUAGGUAGGGCCUCUUCAGGAGUUCAAAUGCCCGUGGGGAGGGGGGUUGCUCGGAGGGAUGUUGAAGCUUCGAAUUGAUCGAUGCAUUAUGCACUUUUGUAAUUUAACAUUGAUGUUUAAAUACGCACUUUGUAACGCCAAAGCAAUAAUAAAUCAUAAUAGAGUGAUACCCAC